UAAAAGUGCUCACUCUGUCGAUGUCGGAACUGCGACACGAUCCCAUGCUGCAACUAGGUCGCUUGAGUAAUUUGAUUGUUCUCAGGUUACUGGCACGAUCAUACACUGGUGAAAGCUUUGCGGAUCCACAAGCUUCUGUCCGCACAAAGGUGUAUCGCGAAGCAGGUUUUCCAAAACUCCGCGUCCUGAAGCUAUGGAUGCUCGAUAAAUUGGACGAAUUGGUUGUUGAGCAAGGGGCGAUGUGUAAUCUCGAAGAGUUGGAAAUCAGGCAAUGCGAGAAGCUAGGGACGGUUGAUGCCUUGGAUCAUAUCAACAGCUUGAAAAGUGUGAGUCUUACAGGAGUUGAUGAAGACCUUGCCAAGCAUAUAAAAGAAAAACUGAAAGGUCGCCAACAUACACUGAUCAAAACAAAGGAAUUAGUGUCCAAGAAAGAGAGUGAGUUCAAUAAAUAGACAAGGAUGGGUGUAGGCCCGGAUC